AAUGGGGUGUGUGGGACCCUCUGAUCCCUCUUGAUCAGGCUCUGUCCUGGUCGCGUGGCGCAGUGUUGGGAUGGCUAGUGACAGCAGGGGCGGUCCUCUCUUUUCCGAAUCAGCGGAGGCGGAAACUUGACACUUCGGACUUGGGAGUGGCUCUCUUCUUCCCUGGUGCUUAAAAACUUCAGCCUGGAGGCUCCAGCUCAGCUCGCCGCAUCCCACCUCCCUUCCCGGGUUGGUUUGUGAGGACAUCAGCUCCUACUUUGCAGUACUAAUGGCAGCAGAGCCACUGAGUGAACUGGAGGCAGCCAUUGAGACUGUGGUUACCACUUUCUUCACCUUUGCAGGGCGGGAAGGACGGAAAGGCAGCCUGAGCCUCAAUGAGUUUAAGGAACUGGUCACCCAGCAGUUGCCUCAUUUGCUAAAGGACGUGGGCUCUCUGGAUGAGAAGAUGAAGAGCCUGGAUGUGAACCAGGACUCGGAGCUGAAGUUCAAUGAGUACUGGAGACUGAUUGGGGAACUGGCAAAGGAAAUCAGGAAGGAGAAAGCCCUGGAGAUCCGGAAGAAAUAAAGCCUGCUUGUCAGAAGAAGUAAAGCCUGCUUGUUGGGAUGGGGGCCCAGCAGGGCCUGCUGGGCAGGGCCAGGCAGAACUUCACUCCCCCUAAUAAAGCUUCCUUCUUGAAACACA